GGGCGUUUUCUUGCGCGCUCUAGCUCGAUCUUAUAGGAUGUCUUACCAGCGGAUGCAUUCGGAUCUAUCCGGCGACAAGGCGCCAAUAGCUUCGAUGCGCAGGAUCCAGUCCGAUAUCUCCUCCGCGCAACCAGAGGUACAUUCAUGGGGUAUUGGACAGGCGCCGCCGCAGCAACAGGCCCACCAGCAGCAGCAAAUGCUGCCUAGCCAGAUACAAAUCCAACCUAGUCAGCAGCAGCAGCAGCAGCAGCAGCCACCGGCGAUGGAUCAGAAGGUCACGACGGUGGCGGGCGGGACGGCUCCAGUCCCGAGUUUGCUCCACAGGGAGCGAUCCGUUCAUCAGAUUCUUGGAGGCGGCAAAUUCGCUGACGUAGUGCUCUGGAAGCAGAAGCGCAAGUCCAUUGGUAUUCUGGGAGGCUCCACCUUGGUGUGGUUCAUCUUUGAGUGGUCUGGCUACACGCUCAUCUCGCUCGUCGCCAACAUCGUUCUUUUCCUUUUGAUCGCGCUCUUUGCGUGGGCGAAUCUAGCUGCGCUCGUCAACAGGCCUCUUCCUCCUGUUCCCGAGGUCCAGCUCUCAGACGAGAAAUCUAACAAGAUUGCCAAGCGCGUGGCCAAGGAAGUAAAUGGCGUUCUUAACUACGCACGCUCUUUGUCCACGGGAAAAGAUUUCCCAAUGCUUCUCAAGACUUGUCUCAUGUUGUGGGUUCUCGGCAACGUUGGACAAUGGUUCAGCUUGCUCACACUCAUCUAUCUCGGUGUUAUUGGAACUCUCACGCUGCCAUUAGCCUAUGAAAGACACGAGGACCAGAUUGAUCAGUUCAUCCAGAAGAUCGUCCAGAAAGCGAGGAACCAGUAUCACAAGCUUGACGAGUGCUGCCUUAGCAAACUUCCCCAGUGUUGCAAAAACUAGAGAUUCACACUUUUAAUUUAAAACGCGCCAGAAGUUCUGACGCAUUUCA